CUCUUAUGUACUUUAUAAAAGAAAGGUUGAAGAAUACAUCAACGAGUCGUCCGAAGAGCAGGAAGUUUGGGAACAAACUUAAUCCCCUAACUCCAAGCAGUCGAUCCCUCAGACUUCAGCAUACCUCGGCAGGCAUUGGCAAAGAUGGCAUCAGACGCACGAAAAGCAUCGAGCGCAAAUGAGGGCUUCUUUCAAACUGCUCCUACUCUAGAAAACCAAUUCUACGAUGAUGCCAGCUACCAGAGAAUACUGAAAUUGUUUCUCCCAAAGGAGAUCAAUGAGACCAUAGCACCAGACUUGUCGAGGCUUGGAAGAGAGGUGUUGUCAAAGAGAAUAUUUGACUGGGUCACCGAUGCCGAGAGAAAUGUGCCGUACUUGAAAGGUAGUGGUAGAGAUGCAUUUGGACGGCAGACGAGUGAGUUAGUAGUGACGGAAGGCUGGCGAGAAUUACAAAAAUUCGGCAUCGAGAAUGGAAUUGUGGCAGCUGGGUACGAAGGGGAGCACAGAGAGUACAGCAGGGUGGCACAGUUCUUGAAGACCCAUCUUUGGACUGGAUCAAACGCAAAUGUAACAUGUCCGAGUGCUAUGACUGAUGGCGCGGCGAAAUUAUUGCUUUCCCAUCUUCGGACCAAGACCUUGGACACCACUACAAGAGAAGUGUUUCAAGAUGCUUACGACCGAGUCACAUCUAGAAAUUGUGAGUUUGCAUGGACAAGCGGUCAAUGGAUGACAGAACGCUCUGGUGGCAGCGAUGUAUCAGGAACAGAAACAAUAGCGAUAUACUCGCCCAUCGCCGAUGGACUUUCGGCAUCUGAUCAAAUUCUGGGUCAUUGGAGCAUUGAUGGCUUCAAGUGGUUCUCUUCUGCGACAGAUUCAUCAAUGACUAUCCUACUCGCUCAGACAUCAAAGGGAUUGAGCGCCUUUUUCGCACCUAUAUACCGGAUGGUAGCUGGCUCGUCUUCACAGAAGGAACUCAACGGCGUCCACAUCCAGCGCUUGAAGAACAAAUCCGGAACCAAAAGCCUUCCCACGGCUGAACUUGAACUUCGCGGCAUGCGCGGAUAUUUGAUUGGUAAAGAAGGACAAGGAAUCCAAGAGAUCAGCACAAUUCUCAACAUUACCCGACUUUAUUCUGCCGUAAGCACUGUAGGAUACGUCGGUCGUGGUCUUGCAAUCGCGAAAGCAUUUACACGAGUUCGCGAAGUCGGUGCUGGGAAAGGGAAGCGAGUCAAGCUCUUCGACUCACCUCUACAUAUGAGUACACUCGCGAAGCUGACUGGAGAAUAUCAUUCGAUGAUGCUUUUCACUUUCUUUGUUGCCUGGUUGAUCGGGAUCAACGAGCAUGGCAGCUCGGCAGAGCCAGGUCCAUCAACCAGUGAAGACUUACGGCCCAACUCAGCGGAUGUACCGCUUCUGCUCCGGAUCAUGACACCCGUACUGAAAGGAUCAGUCUGUAAGCGAUGUACCUAUGUCUUGCAAGAAUGCAUGGAAGCUUUAGGCGGAGUGGGAUAUCUGGACAAUUCAGAGAACGAAGCGAUCAAUAUCGCAAGACUGUACAGAGACUGUUGCGUGAACAGCAUUUGGGAGGGGACCACCGAUGUUCUCGCUACAGACUCGUUGAGGGUACUCAAAGGCGGAAGUGGUGACAAGGUACUCAAAGCCCUGGAUCGUUGGAUCACGAAAGCUCUCUCAAGCUCGAAGAAGGGUCAACCAGCGCUUGGAAACGCCAAGGAUGACUUGAUUCGAAAGUGGCAGAAUUUGAAGGCGAUUGUAAAAGAACAAACCUCGGAGGACUUGCUGGCUUUAGCUCGUGGCCUACUGUUCCAAGUCGCUGAUGUAAUCAUGGGUGUUCUCUUCUUUGCGGAUUCGCAACAAGAUGUUUCGUCACUUUCGGCUCACAUGUGUCUUGAUUUUCUGGAGCGAAAAGCCAUCACGAAGGAGCAGAUUUUGGAAGCACCCACCAAUUGGCGAAAAGUUCUGGAGCGGAACCAAGCCAUUGUCUUUGGGGCUCCUGUCACAUCGCCGUCGGAGGUGGCAUCAAAGCUGUAAAAACAACCUAUCAUUCUUCAAGAACGUUCAUGCAUCCAAUUUAUAUCCCCAGCUCGUAUGCCGAUUUGCCACUUGUGUGUUGCCUGACCGGAGAUCUGGGACACACUGCUAAGAAGAUCUCAUUGGUUUUAAAUUCCAGGGAAAUUUAUAGCCCCAUGAAAGUUGGCUAGGAGGAC